AAUUUGACUUAUUAGCAUUCAGAUGGUUUGGGAUUUGUUCUAAUCAACGCUCCAUUUCAAUUAAGCAAACCCUCAUGGAGUAGCAGAACUCAUUCAAUUCCAUGAAGGAAAUAUGAACCUGAAGAUCUGGCUUUUUCUUAUGUUUACUUCAUGCUCAUUCUGGGAUACAUUGGCUUUGUUUGACGAUUUUCAGAUUGGAAUACCCAAUAGCAAUGGCGGAACUACAGCUUGGUUAACAACGGAAGUGCCGACAACAUAUUCGUCAAAUUCUGUUCCAAUCUCCGCCGAUUUAGAAAAAGCAGAAAUCCUAGAAGGUCAUAAUAAUGGACGGAGAUCGGUGGAUCCCGAGGCAUCGAAUAUGAACAUUGUGGCAUGGGAUGACGAACUUUACAGUGCAGCACAAGCGUCAACAGAUACCUGCCAUUACACUAUAACGACAUCUACUGACUUCGAGAGGUCAAGAAAAGUUGUCCAGUUCGCGGGGAUUACACAGGCUGAAUCUUUUAGGCUUUCAAUGUACGUUAGCAUCUUGUUUGCUCUUGGGGAUCACUAUACAUACGCCACAAAAGAGUGCUCCGUUCCUGUCGAUUAUUGUAAUGUUUACAAAUUACUUGCAUGGGCAGAGAUGACUAAAAUGGGAUGUGCUCAAACAUUUUGUUCUGUGCUUUAUGAUACUCAAAAUGCCAUGAACAGAACAGAUAUUUGGUAUUUCAAGUGCAAUUAUGAAGAAAUAGGUAGAUAUGAUACUCUCGAUUCCUAUCUAGUUGGGGAACAGUGCACUGAAUGUUCUUCUGGAUCUGGAUGGUGUAACACUGGACUAUGUGACGCCACUUGCACAAGCUCGAAUGAGAGCUGUUCGUGUGAGUUGAACUCAGACUGCAGCUUCCAUGGCUCAGUUGACAAUUCAACUUGCCGCUGCGCAUGCGACUCUGGCUAUAGUGGGGAUGACUGUGAAAUAGAAAGCCGUAUUUUGAUUAAUCUGUGCAUGGUCGAAAAUGGUGGGUGCAGUCACGUUUGCAGUAGUCCUUCAAAUAGAAUCGUGUGCUCCUGUAGGAGUGGCUAUCGUCUAAUGUCAGAUGGCAGGUCAUGCGCCAGAGUUGAAGGUCUGUGUUCCAGCGGAAACGAGUGUGAGCAUAUUUGUACAGUUGACGCGGAUGGAUAUAUAUGUAGUUGCAAUUCAUCCUAUAUUUUGUUUUAUGAUGAAGUUAGCUGUGUUUUAGAUGUCUGUGCAUUUGGAACAUAUUGUAAUAUGAAUGGGCUUCUCGACGAAGAUACGUGUACUUGUCACUGUUUCUCCGGCUAUAAAGGCGAAUUUUGUAAUUCCACGUGCAAUAUUGAUGAAAGCAGUUGCUGGAAAGAUUAUCCAAGUCCUGUUGUUAGAUACAAUGGAAAUGCCUGUCCAAUAUACAGCCCUAGUAUUGACUGCAACGAUGAGUUUAUUUGUAUAAAUGGCGGCUAUCUUGAAAAGCAAAGUGGAUUUGAGGAAGUACCUGGGAUGUGCCGCUGCUACUGUCAUUUCCCCUGGAGUGGUGCUACCUGUGAAGAUUGUAAUUUAGAGUGUGUCUAUGGAACUCUUAAUCAAGGCAACUGUACUUGUUCGUGUAACGACGGUUACUAUGGUGUUGAUUGCUCGAGUUUGUGUAAACAGACUUCACUACUUUGUACACGGCACACUGAAGGAAGAUGCGACCAUAAUGUAAUUCGAAAACAUUGUCCCAUAAUGUGCGGCGUAUGUGUGCCGCUUUAAACGUUUGGCUUGUGAUGUUUGUCGUCUGCGAAUUUAAUGCUAAAGGCAGUGGCUACAUACAUGUCAGCAGUGUUCCAGGCAGCAGAGUAUUAAGUACGCAGUAGACUGUACAUGAUUGGUCGAAUAGUAAAUAGUAGACCCUACAUGAUUGGUCGAAUAAUAAAGGACAUUCUACAUGAUUGGUCAACUCUUUCCGUGAAUAGAUAGACGACGUGGAAGUUUACACCCACAAAUAUUAGGCUUACAAGCAAUAAUGAUUGGCUGAGACAAAACGGACAGUUGUAAUAAUGUGUACCGUAUCUAAUAUUGUCAUAGAUGUUAAUUUGUAAUUAAUAAAAUAUAUAUAUAUAUUAUGUGCAUAAUAUUUUUGAAUCGCAAUACCAAAAUGUGAACAAUCAAAUAAAUUGAAAAUUUGUUUAUAAA